AUGUCUGAAUCUUCACAAACCACUAAAACCGGACGGUCUACUCGAUCAAAGACAAAAAUCGAUCCCUCAAAGAUUAUCAAGGACGCGGUCCCCGUUACAGUUGUUCAUGCAUCCAAACCCAAAGCUCAAUCCAAUGACGCUGAGAAGCAAGGAAAAGGAAAAACUGUUGUGAAGAAGGGAACUUCUGAGGUAGGCGAUGAUAUCUCUCUUUCUACUGCUAAAAUUGCUAAAUCUAGUAAAGGAAGUUCUAAAAGAAAGAGAACAGACUACAAGUCUAAGUUUGCUCUGUCUAUGUCUGAUUUGGUUUUUGAUUCGAAUGUUAACACAUCUGAGAAAGCAACUGAAGUAAACCCCAAAACUGUGUCUGAUGUUGUUGAAAUAAUCGUGUCAACCGGUGAUAACCCUAGUCUAGAAAAAUUGGGGUCUGAAGCUGAAAAGAGAGAUCUUAAUUCUAUGCCUGUUGAAACUGAGAAGGAAGACACUCCUACAGAGGUAUACAUGGAUACUAUCACUAUUAAAUUAUCCUUGGGGAACGAUUCUGGGUACUUAACUGGCAUUUACGCUAGUCCUGUGUAUACCUCGAGAUUAGAUUUAUGGAACCACCUUAUUGGUCUCAAGAGAGAUGUUGAUGGCCCAUGUUGCAAUCUUGUUGAGGUGACCUCGACUGGUGGUAACUUCACAUGGAAUAGACCUUGCGCUGGGAAUCGUAUGGUUUACCGUAAGCUGGAUAGGGCCUUAGCUGAUGUCCCUUGGCGCAUGGCCUUUCCAGAUGCUUAUGUCGAAGUGCUUUGUAAAUUCCAUUCUGAUCAUAAUCCUUUACUUCUUAGAUGCGGUCUCCCUCUACAAGAUUAUGGUCCUAGACCCUUCAGAUUUGAGGCAGAAGAUUUUAUUCUUUUCAACAAGGAUAUUUUUGGUAAUAUCAGAAAGAGGAAAGAGCAAAUUGAGCGCAGAUUGAAAGGGAUUCAAAGAGCCUUAGAACGGGUAGACUCAGCGAGACUCAUUUACCUGCAGCGGGAGCUCCAACAUGAUUAUGAUGUGAAUCUAGGUCAGGAAGAAAUUCAUUGGUAUCAGAAAGCUAGAGAGGAUUGGAUCAAGCUAGGCGAUCGGAAUACAAAAUACUUUCAUACCAGAACUAUUAUUCGAAGGAAGAGAAACAAAAUCCACGGCCUCCAUCUACCAGGCGGUAUUUGGUGCACUGAUGAUACGACUCUCCGGGAAGAAGCUCAUAAGCACUUUAAGAACCUUUUUUGCACUCAAAACCCGUAUGACCAUAAUGAUUUGAAUGAUUUACCCGAGGCUCCUAUCCUCAAUGAUGAAGCAUGUCAAUCUCUUACUCAGCAGGUUACUAGGGAAGAAGUCACUCAAGCUUUGAACCAAAUGCAUCCUUUCAAGGCCCCCGGUCCCGAUGGCUUCCAGGGUAUCUUCUUUAAGCAGUAUUGGCAUAUAGUUGGAGAUGAUGUUGUUCACCUCAUUGCAACUGCCUUUGAAACCGGAAGGUUCCCACCUACCCUUUCAGAGACACUUAUUGCCUUAAUUCCCAAGGUUGACUGCCCAAAGAACUUUAAGGAGUUUCGACCCAUCAGUCUCUGCAACACUAUUUACAAGCUUAUCACGAAGAUUAUGGUUAAUAGAUUGCGACCUUUCCUCAAUCAGAUAGUUGGUCCUUUUCAAAGUAGCUUCCUGCCUGGCAAAGGGACAACCGAUAAUGCAAUCAUUCUCCAAGAAGCAAUCCAUUCUAUGAGGAAAUCCAAAAGGAAGAAGGGUGAUAUGGUUUUCAAAAUCGACCUUGAGAAAGCCUACGAUAAUGUUAGCUGGGAUUUCCUUCAAUUCUGCUUACAAAGAAGUGGUUUCCCUCCCAUAACGACCAAGCUGAUUAUGUUUUGUGUCUCUAGUUCCUCGUUGGCUAUUCUAUGGAAUGGUCGUCGCCUCCCGAGUUUUACUCCUACCAGAGGAUUAAGGCAAGGUGACCCGCUAUCACCUUACCUCUUUGUAGUGUGCAUGGAAUGUUUAUCACAGGCUAUAAUAAAAGUAGUUGGUGAUGGCUAUUGGAAACCAGUGAGACUUUCCAAGAAUGGUCCCCCUCUAUCUCACUUAUUCUUUGCUGAUGAUGUCCUCCUUUUCUCCAAGGCCACAAACUCUCAAGCUCUAAAGAUUGCUACUAUUCUGACUCGUUUUGCUAACUGCUCAGGAUUAAAAGUCAAUGUAACUAAGUCGAAGGUAUUUUUCUCUCCCUCCACCCCGCAGGGAAAAAUAAACACCAUUGUGACCAACACAAGCAUAAAUCGAACUCAUUCGCUGGAAAAAUAUCUUGGUUUCCCCAUGAUGCAUGGCCGCUUACAGAGAAGGGACUUUGAGUUUUUAGAAGAAAAAAUUAGCCAAAAACUUGCUAGCUGGCAACACAACUUGCUGAAUAAGGCAGGUCGCAUGACUUUGGUUAAAUCAGUGUUGAACUCUAUUCCAAACUACUACAUGCAGGUGGCUUGGCUGCCUCAGUCUACCUGUGACUCUAUUGAUAGAAUGGCACGUAACUUCUUAUGGAAAGGAACAUCCAACAAGGGCAUCCAUUUGGUUGGCUGGGACAAGAUAACUAAACCUAAGAAGUUAGGUGGACUCGGAAUUAGGAAAGCUAGAGAGGCUAAUACUUCUCUCCUGGGCAAGUUGGUUUGGAGUAUGCACCAGAAUUGUGACACGCUUUGGGUCCAGGUUUUGAGACACAAGUAUUUGAAUGAUGACAUGUUUCUUACUAUUACUAAAAAAUCUGGCUCUAUUACUUGGAAUGCUAUCAUGAAGGCUCUCUUGGCCCUCAAGGAUGGUUUUCAAUAUCGUUUGGGCGAUGGCAACUCUUCCUUUUGGUAUACGAAUUGGUCGGGCAUUGGCAAUCUAGCGAACCAAGUUAUGUAUGUAGACAUCCACGACUUGCAAAUGAGAGUUCGAGAUGUUUAUAUUGAUGGUAAAUGGAACUUUAACUUGCUCUACACGACAAUUCCAGUGGACGUCAUGGACCACCUAAAAUUGCUUCCUGUUUGCUUGAAUUCUCAAGUUGUUGAUCGUUAUACUUGGAAAGGGAACCUAAAUGGGCUUUAUACUGCUAAGGACGGUUAUUCCUGGCUUAACCGUUCUGCUUUUACUGACAAUGCCACAAAUGAUAUCACCAGGAAUUGGGUUUGGCACAUCCCAGCACCGGAGAAGAUAAAGUUCCUUAUUUGGACAGCUCUCCAUAAUGCCCUUCCAACUAAAACUAUGCUUUCCCAUCGAGGUUUGCUUCAGGUUAACUUGUGUCCUAGAUGCAACAUUGAGGAAGAGACAACCUUACACUGUUUAAGAAAUUGUGAGUUCAUAAAGUGUUUAUGGAAAGCUAUCGGUUUUGUGGACCAGACAUUCUUCCAGGGUGAUAAUUUGUAUGGAUGGCUGCGCAAUGGCAUAGAUGGUCCCUCUAGUUUUCUGUUUCUAGCUGCAGUGUGGUGGAUUUGGCGCGCGAGGAAUCUCCUGUGUAUGGAAAAUGAAGUAACCUCUUACUUUACUCUCAGGACGAACACCGAGAACCUGACUCAACUGCUAAGAACGUGUUUUCUUAAACCUAACAUAAGUCCAACCACUACAAUGGUUCGCUGGAAUGCACAUGGUGGUAUCGGGAUGAUUCUGAAUGUUGAUGGGAGUAGCAUCGGCAAUCCAGGUAUCUCUGGCUUCGGAGGUUUGAUUCGGAACUCUGACGGGGCGUGGGUGCACGGUUUUGCUGGAAAUAUAGGCUUUUCGAAUAUCCUUCACGCGGAAUUAUUGGCAGUGUACCAUGGUUUAGUUUUGGCGUGGGAGCUGGACAUUAAGGAUUUGUGGUGCUAUUCUGACUCCAAAAUCGUGAUUAAGCUAUUAUCUAAUCAUGUAAAUGAGUGGCACCACUAUGCAGCGAUUAUCUAUAACAUUAAGGAUCUUCUCACUAGAAACUGGAGGGUUAGGUUGUUGCAUACUCUUCGGGAGGGGAACACUUGUGCAGAUUUCUUGGCCAAGUUUGGAGCUCGCAACCCUGAAGCUUAUUCUCCUAUGGCUGUUCCGCCGGAUGGAAUGAGUCUUCUCCUACUAGCUGAUGCUAGUGGGACUAUUUUUUCUAGAUAA